CUGUGAAAAAACCCAAAAUUCGUAGAGCAAAAAAGAUUAUUAGAAAUAGAUAAGCAAGAAAACUAAAAAAGAAUCAAGAAUUGAAGAAAGACAUUGAAAUGGCUAACAGAGACGCAGUUCCAAAAACUUUACCCAAAGUAGUUGGAGAGGGAGAAUGUAAGAAGAAGAAUGUACAAGCAGAUGGAAGAAAUAGGCGUGCUUUGGGAGAUAUUGGGAACCUUGUCACUGUUCCUGCUGUUGGAGCAAAGCCUCAAACUAAGAUUUCUCGCCCCAUCACGAGGAGGUUUGCUGCAGACUUAAUAGUUAAGGGACAAGCACCAGUGGAGAAGAAUAAGAAGAAGCCUCCAGUAGAAGUUACCAAAGGAGUUCCAGCAACGAAAGCUGGUGUUCCGACAAAAGCAGAAGCGUCUAAAAAGGUUUCUGUCAAAGCAAAAGCUGAAAUAUUUACUGUUAAACGCCGUGAUGAGGAUGUGAAAACCAUUGAAGAGGACAUCCCCUUGAAUAGAAGAAAAGUAAAGAAGAGUGGAAAGACUCUAACUUCUGUUCUAACUUCAAGAAGCAAGGCUGCAUGUGGACUCCCCACCAAACCAAAGAUACAGAUUGUUGAUAUUGAUGCUGCUGAUGUUGAUAAUCACUUGGCUGUUGUGGAAUAUGUUGACGAUAUUUACAAAUUUUACAAGCUUACAGAGGACGAGGGGCGACCAUGUGAUUACAUGGAUUUACAACCAGAGAUCAAUUUCAGUGUGAGAGCAGUUGUUGUGGAUUGGCUGAUAGAAGCACACAAAAGGUUUGAGCUGAGUCCUGAAAGCCUAUACCUCACAGUUAACAUAAUGGACCGUUUCUUUUCAAAGGAGACUGUCUUUAGAAGGGAACUUCAGUUACUUUGCAUCAGCUCAAUGCUUAUUGCCUGCAAAUAUGAAGAGAUUUGGCCUCCUGAGGUUAAUGACUUCCUAACAAUAACAGACAAUGGUUAUAUCAGGGACCAGAUACUUGUAAUGGAGAAAGCAAUCUUGGAAAAGCUGGAGUGGUAUUUAACUGUUCCAACAGCAUACGUCUUUCUGGUUCGAUACAUUAAAGCUUCAUUUCCAUCUGAUCAGAAGGAGAUGGAGAAUAUGACAUUUUUCUUGGCUGAGCUCGGGCUGAUGAACUACAAGACCGUGAUAUCUUACUGCCCGUCAAAGCUUGCUGCUUCUGCUGUUUAUGUUGCUCGUGCUACUCUCAACAAGAGUCCUAGAUGGACCGACACACUGAAGCACCACACCGGCUACUCAGAGGACCAGCUGAUGGAAUGUGCAAUGGAAUUAGUUAGGUUCCACUCAGGUGCUGCUGAAAACAAGCUGGGUGCAGUUUAUAGGAAGUUUUCAAGUCCAAAUAGAGGUGCUGUUGCCCUCCUUCCCCCCUGCAAGAGAUCUUCUCUGGAAGUAAGAUUGUGAAUGUGUGAGAUCAUGUCAGCUAUCUGAUCUCUCUGUUUUGAAACCUGAAAAAUUCAUACUACUUUUAUAUGAUUACUUACUAGUAAAGUCAUGUGCCCUUUUAACAUGUAUAGUUCUGUGGAUAUUGAAUUUUAUUGCUUGGUUUCAAUAAUACCACUUUUAUUCUUUGGUCUUUCUGUGUGUAAAAUAUCCACUUUUAUAAGCGGGUAGCCUCUUUAAACUCCACGAUAAAUAUUCUUGACGAAAAGUCCGCCUAAUCAUGAUAGCACACAGAAGCUACCCGGUAUAUAUUGCAACCUAACAGAAACUUUGGGUCGGCAACAGUGGUUCGCUGACAUCAAAGAAUAUAUUGAACAUCAAAAGUGUAUAAGCUCCUUCUC